ACCCACGGCUACGUACGUGCUGCACAUCAUCUCUGAGAACUUGACGCCUCACGAAUACGGUUGCGGCACAUAUAGUAUCAUCGACGCGAAAGUGGACCUCCCUUACGACUUCUACCCUCUCCCUCCCCUAUUCGGUCGCCUGAACGCCAGCGACGAUGUGGCAAACAACGGCGCCAUUAGGCCGUGUGCCUCCUAAACUGCGGCCUAUCCUUGGCACGCUCAAGGUCAUGCUGGCCAGCAACGUCGUUACGGCCCUCGUCAUCGGCUACGCGCUCAGUCUCAAGGUCUUCCACAUCGAUAACUUCGGGUUCGGUCUCUAUUUUCUCUUUAUCACCACAGACUUCAUCGUGCAGUUCAGCUCGGCGGUAUACAAUCGACGCAGAGUCAACAAGAUCGCAAACAAGGCCAGGAAUAGAGAACAGCGACUCAUCGAGGCGGGUGUGACUCCCAAGACGCCAAGAAUCAUCAUGACCGCCGUCGGAUAUCGAGAAGAUGGAGAGGCGUGGCAGCGAUGUCUGAGGACGCUCGAUGCGCAGAGGAUGAUGCCGCAGGCUAUUGUGUGCUGCGUCGACGGCAACGAUGCUCCCGACAUGGAGAUGGCGCACGGUUUCGCAGAGGCGUACGCCGAUCGGGAUUGUCGCAUCAUCCACCUCGAGGCGACGCUAGCCUCAGUCUACAAGGACGCCUUUGCAGCCAGCCUCAAGUCACUCUGCUGGAAACCACGCUCACGCUGGGCGAAAUUCAAGCGCUGGUUCACAAGCAUCCCGUAUCCUGAAGAGGCGGCCGCCCAUCUUUACGCGAGAAAGGCGCUCUACUAUCACAUGGUCGGGCUGCACGAAAAGGAAGACCUCACGCGCUGCUACCGUACGCUCUACACGCAGCCGCACGGUGACAAGCGGACGGCCAUGUUUACUGCCUUUGCCAUCAGCUUGUUCUUGGGCGCGGAAGCUGUCUUUGCGACCGACUCGGACACGCUCCUCGAGUCCAACGCGCUCCAGGAGAUGUGGAUCCUCCUCGAUUCGGACCCUAACUACGGCGCCGUCACCGCAGACGUCAAGAUUGAAAAUUGGAAGGACUCGUUCAUAUCGCUGCAGUCGCGCCUCCGCUACUGGAUGGCCUUCAAUAUCGAGCGCGCCUGCCAAUCGACCUUUCGCUGCGUCACCUGCAUUUCAGGCCCAAUGGCCCUCUACCGUGCCCAUGAUCUCGACUCCAUCAUCGGCAUGUGGCUUUGCCAGACCUUCCUCGGCACCCACACUACAUUCGGAGAUGAUCGACACCUCACCAAUUGCUUGCUGGGAAAAGGACUGCGAACCGCCUACACUCACCGUACCUGCUGCCAUUCGGAGAGCCCCUCGACCUUCAUUCGCUGGAUCCGCCAGCAGACACGCUGGUCCAAGUCCUUCUACCGCGAGGCCAUCUGGUUUCCACGCGCUUUUGCUUAUCACCACAUCUGGCUCGGCGUGGAGACGUUGAAGCAGGGGCUGUACCCAUUCAUUCUCCUCGCCACCGUCUUCAACAUCCUUUACGGCCAGACGCCGUGGCUGCGUUUGUGCACCUGGGCAGGAACCAUGUUCGCCACUGCGGGUCUCAAAGGGGUCUUGGCCUGCAUCAUCUCCAAGGAUUGGCGCAUGCUCCUCUUCCCUGGCUACCCGUUGCUCUACUUCUUUGGCUUGCUACCCUCGAAGCUCCUCGCCCUGACCACCAUGGGCAAGACCAGCUGGGGCACCUCAGCUCGCUCUUCCGCCGAACGUAGUCGUGGCGAGUCGUUUGGGCAAAAGUCCUGGCAUGUGGGGCACCUGGUCAUCUUCUACCUUGCGCUGAUCACGGGCCUGGCGCACUUUGUCGUUCACAUGACGCACAUCAACUGGGUGUGGUUCUUGCCAAUGUUCACCAUCGUGCCUGCGACGAUGCUGUACUGGGACGAAUUGCCUUUCAAGUAUUGGUUCCGCAAGCUCAAGCCGAACAAGAAGAAGAGGAACAGAGCAUCAAUGGUCGCGUCCCCGCUAUUCGGCCACUCCAUCAUGCAACCACCGAAUGUACGCGUUCGUGUCGACUCGGAAGGAACCGCCGUCUCAAGCCAGCUGCUCAAUCCAGCCACUGCCACGCACCGCUCGAGUGGCACAUUGCACCCAGAGAUGGCCUUCUACCACGAUCAGCACAUCCCAGGCCCACACAUGCUCCACUCGUUUCGACGAGCGAGCACACGCGCAGACUGGUCUUCGGCGGAGAGCUCCCUGGAUACGCGCAUGGCAGAAACGGGCGGAGCAGCAACUGCGGCGCAAGUGGCGAGGUAUCGUGCCUUCGAUUACGGUGCCGGUGGGAGCGGAAGUAGUGGCUUCGACACGCCGCCCUAUCCUCCUUACCAAACGCAAGCCUUCGCUAGCAGUGCGUUCGGCGGCCUGGGCGGUUCUCAGCAAUAUCGUCCACCCUUUGCUCCCGUCGAAAAUCGACGCAAGAGCCCGCAAGACAUUCUUGACUCCGGGCAGCUCUGGCCUAGCCUUCCCCCACCUGUCGUGAGCGCAAAGGGAGCAUGGGUGUGGCGCCCUGCUUCUCGCGAGACGUCGCACAGUGGGCAUGGGAGUGCAGAGGGAAGCAGCUCUGGUGGAACUGGCGGGAAAGAUCGUACCCAGGACACUAAGCCUAGUGCUGAGGGUCCGCGCAUCCUCUCUCGCACCCCCUCUUGGCUCGGCACGCCAUGCACGCCACCAAGCGCUGCGCCUCCUUACCCCGACAGCCGAGGUAGCCCCUACAUUGCGCCAGCGGAGAAGUUGCCCGGGACGGGGCAUCGCGGCGGGGAGUGGGUGGGACGACUAGCAUCUGCAAGGGCCAGUGUGAGUUCGGUGGCAGAGAACCCCUUCGUCUACUCCGCGGCGGAGGAGUACCAGAGCGGCAGUCUCUCCACGUCAUCCUCGAGCGGGCACCUCGCUGGAGCCGACGAAAUAGGCGCAAGGCCUCGCGGUCCAUUCUUGGGACCAUAUGGCAACUACGAUGCGGCAACGUAUGGUCUCAGCAGUGGCAGCGCUCAAAAUCACACCAACGGCGGCGAAAGCAACAGGAGCAGCAGUAAUACCUCCCUCUCUCAGCUUCUCGCAUCAAACAGUGCCGGCACCCCGCCCAGCAGACGCUCCUACCUUGUCGACGGGACUCUCUUCUCACCCGUGUCGAGCGCGAGGACUAGUGACGCCUUUGCUGGCUCACCGGCCAAGGUGACGCCGCGCUCCCCUCCUUCGAGGCUCGAGGUGCACUUGCCAGCUCCAUCAACUCCUCCUUCGCCUAUCACCUCUCCGUCCCCGAUCACCUCGCCCUCGCCGAGCAGGCAGCCAUUGUUGCCCGACAAUAAUUCGCCUGGGAUCUACCAUCUCGCCGGUCGAGGAGGGAUCUCCUCUUGCGACUUGGCGCCAGCCGACGCGCCUGGGCACGGCGAGGAAGCCACAGCCAGUCUUCUCGAGCAGUCUGCCCAUGGCGCAAGAUACGAAGACCCUUUCACCGAUGAGAACGUUCCUCGUGGUGGGGCGCGACCCAAGCUUCGCGUCGCCCCAGGCACCGCAGCGGCCAUGGCUGCCAGGCCAGCUCCGCCACCACCCCCCUUCGCAGCCUCCUCUGAAGAUAUCACUGCCGCCGCCGCCGUUGCCUCGUCCUCCGAGGCUCUCCUGCUCGUCAACAGCAAGGUCAAUCUCGCAUCGGCGGAGAAGGCUGUGUGGGGGAGUGAGGGGCAACGACGUCGUCCUGCGGGCAUCGUCGGCGGGAAAAUGCUGCUUCCCGCUGCGCAGAUCAGCGAAGGCGCUAGUGAGAAGGAAAAGGGCGUAAUCACAAUCGAUGAGGAGUGGGUGAGGGGUCGUGCUGGAGUAGGGGCGAGGAGCACGACAUACGGCGGGAUCAUCAGUCAUUACCAGGACCUGUGACAGAGGAUGAGCGCGGGAAGGCAUACAAUGCUCCGUACGCAGCUCUCCUUGCUCAGACGACUGGACGACAUCAACGAUCGGCAAGCAUGUUCGAUGAACAGUCUUCACUUCUUCCCGCUCUCUCCCCCCAAUGUUCCCCUCUCAUGUGCGCUCCACCUCGUUGCUCC